GGCAGGCACUGCCUUCCCCAUCAGAUCGCGUUUCCAGUCGCACAAAAAAAUACUUUUCGUUUCAAUAGGAAAACAAAUUCAAAACGGACUAAAUUUCAGGCACCUUUAGCAUGGCAGACAUGGAGGAAUACAACCAUCCAUUGGCAAAAAUAACCUCUAUAUCCGAGGAACUGGAAAGAACACAUCUGGCCCGCGUGCCGCAAGUCCUGCAGCGAUUGGAGGACAUCCGGGAGCCGGAGGACGAAAUGCUGCUGGCUGAAGGUAGUCGACUGAGUAAAAAACUCAUUUGGGAGGACUACUAGGAAUUGUCGAAAUUUUCACGUCACAAACGUAACGAGUGACACCUGCCCGAGGUGCCAAGGAGCCAAGGAGUGAAGGUGUUGGCCUGGCAAUUAAUGACUGGCUGAACUUUUCACAUUCACAUGCUCGAGCUGGGCAAACAAAGCUGAGGGGCGACAACAACAGGAGCACGCAAGCCGAAAAAGGACUCGGGCUGAAAAGCACACAAACAAAUUGUGACAAAGUUGCGGAAAUUUAAUUAAAAUCAAAUAGAGGCGGCUAAGCAAAAGGGGUAGCGAAUUGGCAGUCAGGUGUGACCCGAUAUAGUUGGUAACACGCUUCCAGCUUGCUUCGAAUGUCGCUAGUUUUCUGCGUCGCUUAAUAAACAAAAUGUAAACAA